GAGGCGCGCCGAGCGGGCAUCGGCGGUCGUGAGCACGUUGCUAGUGGGCGAGGCCGGCGGGGCCGGGGCGGUGGGGGCUGGCGUCCGCCUGAGCCCCGCGGGUUCCGGCACUGAUCCGCGCUUGCCAGGUCGCUGUGCUGAGUGACACCGCCUGGCAUCGAGGAGCUGUCCGGCCCGUGCGGCGGGAAGCAGCGGCCCCAACGUCCUAAGAGGUGUCUCUCAGAGGUACACCUUAGAGACCAUUAUAAGAGAACAAAUCUCUCAAAAAAAAAGCUGAAGUCUCUCACCAUCCUUCAAUAUGCAGUGGAAUGUACCUCGGACUGUAUUGCGGCUGACACACAAGAAGUGUUUGGAACCACAGAAAGCUGGUCUUCUUGGACACUGUCAAAACAUAAAGGGACCAUUACUUUUGUAUCAUUCUGAAUCCAAAGUGACUCUGGUAUCAGGCUGUCAAAAACAAUGGCUACACUUACCUGCUGCCCAGUGUGUUACAAAGGAAAGGAAGCCAGUGGGUGCUCACUAUAAACGAUGGGAGCAAGGAGUCUUAUCUAAGAGGAUUUUAUCAUCCAGCGCCACAGCCCAAGGAACUCCUCCAGAAAAAAAGGAAGAGCCUGAUCCUUUGCAAGACAAAUCUAUUAAUCUUUACCAGAGAUUUAAGAAGACAUUUAGACAAUAUGGAAAAGUUUUGAUUCCAGUGCAUCUAAUAACUUCUGGUAUUUGGUUUGGGACAUUUUAUUAUGCAGCCAUAAAAGGAGUGAAUGUCGUUCCUUUUCUAGAACUCAUCGGGUUACCUGACAGUGUAGUAAACAUUCUGAAAAACUCCCAGAGUGGAAAUGCACUUACAGCAUAUGCCAUGUUUAAGAUUGCAACACCUGCCCGGUACACAGUAACUCUGGGAGGGACAUCCUUCACCGUGAAGUACCUGCGCAGUCACGGCUAUAUGUCAACACCGCCACCUGUUAAGGAGUAUCUCCAGGACAGGAUGGAAGAGACAAAGGAGCUUCUCACAGAGAAAAUGGAAGAAACGAAAGACAGACUCACUGAAAAAUUACAAGAAACCAAAGAAAAAGUUUCCUUUAAGAAAAAAGUGGAAUAGUGCCUUAUGUAACGGGUUGUAGAGAAGUCCUGCACUUUAACCCUUUGGAGGCUAUGAACAAAGAUACAUGCGUCUGACGAUUUUUUUCAGUUAGUUGCCUAAAUAUACCAGUUCUCUGAGGGUUAAAAAACUAAGAUACCUUUUUAAAGUUAAAUACCACUAGAAAAAUCAGUGUUUUUUGAGAGGAUGAACCCAGUGUCAGAAUUCAUCCCAAUCGUGGCAGUAGGCAGUGGUUAAUGUCUUGCACAUCAGUUUUUUCUAGGCUUUCAGAAUCACAUCUGCUUCCUAUCUGGUUGCCAGCUGUAAUUUACGCAGACUAGGCAGUUGACCCCUUUAAUAACUCACGUGGCCCACAUACGGAAUGGGAAUACUGGAUCUUCAUUUUCAUGUUUUUCAUUAGGGUUUUAAUUAUAAUCAGCCCUUAAUAUAGAGACAAAACUAGCAUCAUCAAAACUGCUUGUAAAUAAGAGGGUAUUUAGUCUUUCUAUAAAAGCAAUAUAUAAAUUGCCUACCCAUUAAAAUAUACACCUUCUGUGAAGACGGAAAAUUCAGUCAUGUGUAUGUAAAUAAGAUGUACUGCUGAUGUGUAAAUGAGAGAUGGACCCUUUAAAAUGGAUUUUUUUCUGAUAUUUGUCAUUGUCAAAUUUUUUAAAGCAGCUAUAUAUGAUCGUAACCCUUUUGCAAACUUGUAUAUUGGUGGUGACCACCUGAAACAUAAAACUUCAUUGUGAAUCA